AUGAUCAUUCAUCCUAACGGAGACGGAGAUGGAGAUGGAGAUGAAACAGGCCAUAUAUCUAUAUACUUGGCUGUUAUUGGGACAAGCUUGUUGAAUACUGUUUGCGAGGUGAAUGCCUCGUUUAGCUUCUUGAUAUUUGAUCAAAUUCAUGACAACUUUACUGUAAUGAAAGGAAUGGAAAGGCGUUUUCGCAAUAUCAAGAAUGAAUGGGGCUUUUCGAAAUGUAUCUCUCAUGAAACAUUCAAAGAUCCGUCUAAUGGUUACCUUGUUGAUGACAAAUGUAUCUUUGGAGUUGACGUAUAUGUCAUCAAGAAGCAGGGAAUAGGUGAAUGUAUGUCCUUAUUGAAUGACACCGAGCCUUAUAAGCACGAAUGGAAGAUUACUGAGUUUUCAAAAUUGAAUGAAGAAGCGUAUUCUGAAGAGUUUACUGUUGGAGAUUAUAGAUGGAAACUUUCAUUAUGUCUUGGAGGUGACAGCCGACAAAAUGGUAAUAAUAUCUACGUGUUUCUUAAAUCAGUUGAUGCUAAAGGAUUUGAUCGCCAAAAGAGAGUACAGGCAGAAUUUAUCAUUUCUCUCAAAAACCAGAUUGGUGGUGAACAUCACAAGUUGUGUGGUUGUGCACAUUGGUAUUCAGCUACUUCAUCAGGACGUGGCUGGUCAUCAUUUAUGCGAUGUUGUGAAUUCAAUGAUCCUAAAAAGGGCUUCCUUAUUGAAGAUUGUUGCAUUGUGGAAGCCGAGGUUUCUGUUGUUGGUGUCGUUAAUUGUUUAACUUAA